AUAAUGCCGUAGUUACAGGAGGCCAGGCAGUGGUAUCACUAGAAUAAGAGAACUGCGAGCGUUCCGGCCGGCCCUCAUCAUGCUUGCCUCCGUCGCUCCAAGCGCGCCGACAUCGUCGUGCGCUUUCCCGUCACCGUCAACGUCAUUGUCAGCGUGCCCAGCCCGAAAGGGCAGCCGACAGGGAGGACCAACCACUCGCCGAUUUCAGUCUCUGUCUCCGUCUCCGUCACCGUCUCCGUUAUCGUUAUCGUCGCCGCCGUCUACUAGAGCCUUCGUCCCUCCAACCCAACGAUCUUCCUUCAGUGGCCCCUCCAGCACUCCCCACAACCGCCUCGCCGGAACUUGCUCUCUUACCUCCCAGACUGCCCAAAUUUCCGCAUCCUCCGCCGCCAUCCUCGCAUCCCUCAUGUCUCGGAAAAGUAAAAUCUCCGCUUUGACGUCCCCGCCUGGUGCAUCCGCCGCAUCUGGCACCGUGCCUGGCGCCGCAGUUGCCGCUGGCGCUGCAGCCAUUCCCGAGCUGAGGAGCGGCAGAGGGAGGGGAAGGGUCGUAGCUGCUCGUGCGAGUGGUGGAGCAGCUUCGGAAUCAGGCUCGGAAUCAGGCUCGGCAGGGGCGGGAGGAAUGGUGCUGGCAGCUGUGCUCGUGGCGUGUAUUGGAGCAUUCGCCUUUGGUUACCACAUAAGCGUGGUCAACGGGCCGUUGGAUGAGAUCCUAGUCAGCAUAGGGGCACCGGGCAACUCCCUCGUGGGAGGUUGGGUGGUGAGCGUGUCGCUGCUCACUGCAGCGUGUGGCGCGCUCUCUGCGGGCUGGCUGGCCGACUCAGUGGGGAGAAAGGCUGCCUUCCAGCUGCUCGCCCUUCCCUUGGCGAUAGGCAGUGUUCUCAGCGCCACAGCUGCGUCCAUCCCCCAAAUGCUCGUCGGUCGAGCGCUCACAGGGCUGGCCUUUGGCGUCAUCUCCUGCGUUGUGCCCGUCUACAUCUCCGAGAUCUCACCAGCGCCAGUGCGCGGCCGUCUUGGAUCACUCAACCAGCUGGUCAUCUGCACUGGCAUUCUCACCGCACUGCUUGCCGGCCUGCCGCUCGCUGGCAACCCAUUGUGGUGGCGCCAGAUGUUCUGGAUUGGAGCGCUGCCAGCUGUCGCCCUUGCUGCUGGCAUGGCAUGGGCGCCUGAGAGCCCCAGAUGGCUGGCUAAGGUCGGCAGGAAGGACGAGGCAGAGCGGCAGUUGAAGCGCCUGCUAGGCCCGGCCCAUGGUGCUGCUGCUGUGGCUGACCUUGCGUCCUCCGCGGCUGAAAGUGCUGGUGCUGCUGCUGCCAAGGGUGCUGCUGGUGAUGGAUUGGAGCGUGCAGAGGCAGGCGUGGGUGCGGCAAGGAGGAGAGCAGACGAAGCAGCUUCCGCCUCCCUGCAGACUCUCUUUUCGAAUCGCUAUCGAAAAGUGGUGCUGCUGGGAAUGAUGCUCUUCGCCCUCCAGCAGUUCGCCGGCAUCAACGCGGUCAUUUACUACUCUUCUGCUGUCUUCCGCACCGCCGGCAUUCAGUCUGACGUCGCUGCCAGCACACUCGUGGGGCUUGCUAACGUUCUAGGCACAGCUGUCUCUCUCGGAUUGGUGGACAAGCAGGGCCGCAAGAGCCUCCUCAUGGGUUCGUUUGCAGGCAUGGGCUGCUCCAUGCUCCUGCUAGCGCUCUCCCUCUCCUUCCCGCCGCUGCAGCCCAUAGCGGCGCCUCUCUCCGUCCUCGGCACCGUCGCCUACGUGCUCUCCUUCGCCAUGGGGGCGGGCCCGGUGCCAGCCUUGCUCCUGCCGGAGAUCUUCCCCUCGCACAUCCGCGCGUCUGCAGUUGCGGCGGCGCUCACUACGCACUGGCUCUGCAACUUCGUUAUCGGCCUCUCCUUUCUGGGGGUUGUGAGGGCCGUGGGCGUGGCGGCCGCGUAUGUGGGGUUUGCCGCGGUGUGCUUUGCCGGGGUGCUGUUUGUGCGGGGCUUUAUCGUGGAGACCAAGGGGCGCAGCUUGGAGGAGAUCGAGAGGGAGCUGCUGGGGAGUGAGGCAUAGAGGGUGGGGUUAUGAGUCCUGCUAAACAGUGUGCUUAGGUAGUGCCCUUUCAUCUCACUGCUAUCAGCUUGAGCCGGGGUGCCCUUUGUGCGAGGCUUUACCAUGGAGACCAAGGGGUUGCAGCUUGGAGGAGAUCGAACGGGCGCUGCUGGGCAGUGAGGCGUGGACUUGAUGGGUGCUUUGUGGGGGUGAGGUUUGUGUGAGGCUUUAUUGUGGAGGCCAAGGGGCGCAGCUUGGAGCAGAUCGAGAGGGAGUUGCUGGGGAGUGAGUCAUGGAUCAGAUGGGGUUCGAGUCGCCCCUGAACAGGGUGUUGCUUGCCGCCAGUGAAGCGUGACUGCGUUGCGAGUUGGAGUAGGGAGCUGUUUGUGCGUGCGUUUGACGUGGAGACCAAGGGAUGCAGCCUGGAGGAGACUGAGAGGGCCCUGCUGGGCAAUGAGGCGUGGAUCAGAGGGAACUUAAUUUCGGUGGCUGUUUGUCCAGUGGAAAGCGGUGGUAGUUCCUGGCUGGAAGCUGCUGUGGAGGCCGGGGAGGGGAGCAGUCUGGAGGAAAUUGGGAGGGCCUUGCUGGGCACCGAGAUGGGGCCGCCGGUGUGUUGAUGAAAGUUCCGAGUCAAGAGAGAUAGGCUGUCUGAGAAGUGCUGUCUGGCUGUAAUGAGCACAUGCGUUGCAUCGUCGUUGAUGGCGUGGCGUCCCAUAGUGUAUUUGUAGUGACGGAGAUUGGUACAACGAACCAAUGCAGGGUGCGUUGUAAAAUCCUGUGCGUGCAGCAUUGUAUUAUAUAGGCAGCAAGGUUGUGUUGAAUGACUCUG